GGCGACGAGAAGCGGGGGCUGCUGUCCGUCGUCGCGCCGCUGCUGCGCCUGCUCAGCGUGGGCGAGGAGCCCCCAGAGCAGCCGGCGAGGCGGCCCCCGCCGUCGGGAGGAUGGUCCUCCAGUUCAUGCUCCUCGCCGCCGCUGGCGGGCGCGCCGGCGCAGCG